GCGCACAUUCUACGAAAGCAAUUCGCUUCUGGAAGUUGUCGGAGGGCUGCAGCUCAUGAGUUGCAUGACAUUUCAAAGAGUUAAAUGAGUGCAAGCGCUUCCUCAGAUGCAGCGAUGGAGGACGAAUGGGAGGAAGAGGAGCAGCUGGUUGUGGCGGAGCUGUCUGGGAUGAUAAGCUCGGACUUGAUCUCCAGUCGGCAGGGCGCGUGUAAGAUCGUGGACAUCGACAGCGAGCAGCCCAUGAUGCAGGUGGGCCGCUAUCUGUUCGCAGGGGAGUACGAGGAUGCCAUCGGAACCUGUGUGAUAUUUGAAGAGGACGGCGCAGGUUCUAGUUCGGCUCUUAAAUACAAAUGUCACACGAUGAAGAAACUAAUGCUUCAGCGGACCUUCCUGUCGGAGAGGAAGGAGGACGAGCCCGUCUCUAACCGAAUAGAGGUGCUGGCUCUCCACGAGGAAGAAUCGUUCGGCAGGAAGAGCGCAGUGUGUCACUACCUGGAUCGCACCUCUGUGCUAGACGGAUCUAAGGAUUGCGAGGAUCCAGAAAUGAGCGACGAAUCAGCGGGUGACACGGAGGAGACGGAGACUGAGGCGGGAGCCACGCUUUUGGAGACGAUGACCGCCAGCAGCUGCUCUCAGCUCAAUAUACAGGAAGCGGACGAGGGCUCUUAAGACUGUUUGAUUUCUGAUAAUGUACAUACUACAUCAUGUAAAUAUAAGCUUUCUAGUUAAUGAAAGUGGUUUUGUAUUUUAAUACAUAAAAGUUGUUCAGUGUAUGUGUCUCAUUUGCUUAUUUUUUAUUAAAGCAUCUAUUUAUCUAUCUA